GUGUGACAAACUAAAACAAACAAACAACAAUAAACAGGAAGUGGAGACAGCGUCGCGGGGACCGGGGCAGUGUGAGUCCUCAGGCCGGGUUGAGAGCGUCUCUCUGGGGGUGUCUGGUGGAGCAGCUCGGGCCGGGCCGGACAUCAUGGCCGCUGAAGACGUCGCCUCCUCCCACAGUAUGAGGACGGAUUCUGCCGGAGAGUCGAAGCGGAGCUGCGGCUUCGUGCAGCCGGGAGGACACGGAGGCUCCGGGGACACUUGGAGGAGACACAUCGUCCGUCAGCUGAAGAACCGGGACCGGAACCAGAGCGACUCGUUCCAGGACCUGAUCCACUUCUACUCUCGGCUGUUGGAUAAAUCCAGUUGGACCAAUGGAAUCCUGAGCAGACGUCCCCUCACUGACAGCAGCUCUGUCUCGUCUCUACUGAACCAGAACGACCAACUGAAGAAAACAACAGGAGAGUUGGCCUUUCAGGUGCUGGAGCUGCAGCAGCAGAUCAAAAUCAAACUCCUUGUUCUGGACGAGCAGGAUUCCAGCCUCCUGGCGGAGCGCCGUCGAUUCUCAGGCGCGUUCGAUGUCCGUCAGGAGCUGCAGGGGCGGGCGGUGCAGGUUCAGGAGGAGAACGGGAAGUUGAAGAUGGAGUACGACGUCCUGCUGGAGCGACAGAGGGGGGCGGAGACAAGACUCCGGGAGGAAAAGGUCAGAGAGGAACACAUGCUGGAGGACAUGAUCCACCUGAAACAACAGGCCGCCGCCCGUAUGAACAGCCGCAAUGAACGCAGAUCCAGAGCUCGUGAAGCGAACCUCCAGAAAGAGCUGCAGAGCGCUGCAAGGUCAAAGGUCGCUAUCGACAGCUCGUCCAGCGCUCCCACGUCCAGGUCAACGUCCCCGAAGAACGAACACCAGGACAAGUCUGCAGAGCCAAGACACACCAGACUCUUCAGGUCGGCGUCAGCCACGUCCCCGAGGAUCCUCACCUCCAUCCGAGAACUGUUCAACAGGAAGAGGCGUGGUCACUCGGUCUGCAGUCAGGAGGAGGAUCAGAUGAGUCCUGUGGGAAUCUGUCUUUCAGCCAGAGUCCCUGCUAGAGCUCUGCAAGUACUGGAGGCCCAUGAGCAAGGCAUUAACACGGUGAGGUUCAGCUCCAGUUCAGACCUGCUGGCCACAGGAGGAACUGACCGAGUCAUCAAGCUGUGGGAGGUCAGAGCAGGCUCAUUGACCCACAGGGCGACUCUGGAGGGCAGCACAGAGGGGAUCACCUGUGUGGACUUCGACUCAGCGGGUUCUAGGAUCCUCGCGGCCUCAUACGAUAAGUCCGCCUUGUUGUGGCGGCUGGAUGACUCUGUCCCCAAGUUGACUCUGACAGGUCACAGCAGGAAGGUAACGGCAGCGAGGUUCAGUCCUUUACUUCAUCAGGUGGUGACAGGAAGUGCAGACAGAACCAUCAGACUGUGGGACCUGCACCGAGCCGCCUGUGUGCAGGUGGUGGACGUGGCGUCGUACUGCAGCGACCUGGUUUGUUCUGAGAACUUUAUCAUCAGUGGACACUACGACCGCAAGAUCAGGGUCUGGGACACAAGGGCGGUGAGCUGCGUUCAGGAACUUCCUGCUCAGGGUCGAGUCACCUCAUUGGACCUCAGCUCCGACCAUCGUCAGCUGCUCAGCUGCUGCCGUGACGACUGCCUCCAGCUGGUGGACCUGAGGAGGUGGAGCCACGAGCGCUCGAGCUUCAGAGCUGAAGGCUUCAAGUGUGGCAGCGACAGCACGAAGGCCGUCAUCAGAAAUGUUCUGUGCAGAACCGUGUCACGUUCUCUCUCUUCAGUCCAGACGGAUGUUUCCUGGCGGCUGGAUCAGCUGACGGCUCAGUUUACAUCUGGAACCUCUCCAGCGGCAGCCUGGAGACACGCCUCCCGGACAAACACAGCUCGUCCAUCAGCGCCGUGUCCUGGUCUCCGUCGGGGGAAUAUGUCGUCAGCGUGGACAAGAGCAGGCGGGCCGUCCUCUGGAGCGACAUCUGAAUCGGCCAAUCUGGGAGGAGGUCACAUGGUCACGGCACCAGCGCUCAGGACACGUGUCCCCUGAACGAGCUCCUGAAUGUUCCAGCAACAUUUAGGUUUUUUAAAAAUGAAGUUGAUUUGAUAAAAGGUUAAUGAAGAAAAUGAACAAAUGUAAAAGGGAACAAAGAGAAGUUUAUGAGUUUGAAUCACGAUUUCAGAUGCUCAUCAACUUCAACUCACAUCACAUUAUUUAUCUUCUCAGCUGCUUCAUCUACUCAUCCAUAUUUGUUCUGCUCCUCCAGCUCAAGCCCUGUUUAUUGAAGAAAUUAUUAAAAUAUGAUGAGUUAUUCAGCUGGAAUCGGACAAAUAUGAAACAUAAACAUCGAUACCGGCUAAAUAAUCCUCAGAUCAGUGAAUCUGUUUUUUAUCAAUGUGGAGGUGAAGUGGCCGGAGCUUCAUGCAGCUGGAUUUACUUUGAAAAGGCUUCGGCAUGGAUCCAGAGUUCUGGUCUCUGGGCUUUGAAGAGGGAAGUUCCACGAGGCUGUGAUGGUGUCUGAGCUCAGGAGGGAGGAGCUCCACAUAUCUCCAUCAGCUGAUCCAAGUUUCCAAACCUCGUCUGAACGAAUCACAGCUCAGCGCUGCUGCUAUGGUUUCUCCUGGUGGCGACUUGUGUUAACUGGUCUCGUGUCAGUUUGAAAACUCUGUGGUUGAGUCUGGUCAGAAACUGGGACUUUAGUAAACGAUGACUCAGACGUUCUCUUCCUGAUUGGUUCUCAUCAGUCACAUGACUCGACUGCCAGCGGUGAACAAUAUGAACCAAUCACUGCUCCUCCUUCAGAGGAGUUUCUGUUACUAAGCAACCAGCUGCAGGGGAGACGAUCUACUUCCUGUUUACAUCACAUGACCAGUGUAGGUGAACGGUCAUGUGAUUUUAGGUGUGCUCUGGUGGGCGGGGCCUUGGUACCAGGGGACUUAUUACUGACCAAUGUAAAAUAUGAUUCAUUGUUUUUUAAACUUGUUUCUGAACAUUUUAUUUUGUAAAGAUGAAGUGAACGAUCCUUAUUUGAUUAUUUUGUUCUGUUCUAUUUAUUUGUCGUGGCCUUCAGUGAUGUAAUGAGGGACAAAGUGAAGACCUCAGUUCAGAGACUCAUUCUAAUAAUGUUCUGUCUCUGCAGCUGUAUCGUGUCUUUCUCCUAAUAAACUGUCUUCUAACGUC